AUGGCCAUGGCCCACCACGAGGUCGUGUACAACUACGUCGAGGACGUAGACCCCAAUCUCGUCUGCUCGAUCUGCCAGUCGGCUCUCGUCAACCCAGUCACCACCGCUUCAUGUAAACACACUUUCUGUCGCGACUGCAUCACGCGCGCUCUCGCACACUCGCCAACAUGUCCCAUUGACCGCAGCGCUCUCACCCUCUCCUCCCUCGUCGACACCGAGCCCCUAGUCCAGCUCAUGCUCGACGAGCUCAAGGUGCGAUGUGAGGCACCCGGUUGCGCCAAAACCAUGGAGCGCGGGCUGCUCCUCGCACACUUGCGUACCUGCAGUCAAGCGAUCGUAACCUGCGGAGACAAGGAGUGCGGGCUCUCUAUGGCCCGACACCGAUUACCCCACCACCGCGCCUACGAGUGCUUCCACCGCCGCAUGGAUUGCCACGGCUGUGGCGUCGCGGUGACAUUCCGAGAGGCAAAGGACAAGGACAUACACGGGUGUGUCCCACAAGCAUCCCAAACCGACAAGAUGACGACAAUGGCUCACGUACACCGCUGGGUAUGCACCAAGGCUCCAGUACCCUGCACACAAAGCAGUAGAGGCUGCACCGCCAUCGUCCCCCGCGACGAGCUCGAGAGCCAUCUCAAGACGUGUCCGUUCGAGGCGCUUUCGUCAUUUUUCAAAGUCAACGAUGCGCGCUUUGCCACCCUCGAACGGCGACAGGAAGAGCUCAGCGCCGAAAACGAGGGUCUUCGCGCACAACUGUGGUCACUCCGCCGCACACAGAUAGUACCCCGGAGCCUGCGUGAUGGCCUCGACGAGCCCUUGCUCCCGACGGCGCAGGAACCAUCACUCACAGCGCCACGAUCAGCCUCCCGACAUGAAUCGCCUAGCUCGCCAUCACCAAGCGCCACGCGCAUGGACCCACCGCCACCUAUACCAGUCAUUUACCCGGCUGUCGCGACAAUAGCCUCAACGUCAGACCCACUCUCUCCCACACGCGAGCAGGUUCUGCACAUUCCUCAAUCCUUCCUUUCCCCACCACCGAGACUGAGUUACACCGACUGGGUCCUCGGUCGCCUCCUCCCUCCCUCGGCAUACAGCGAUGGGUGUGCGGCCCUCCGCGCGGCGGUCAUCCACCUUGCUGCGGGACUCGACGCGUCCGAGCGCCGAAACGAAGUACGCAUCGUGACCGAGACGCUGCGUGUACAAGAGGAGGUCGCGACCCUGCGCGCCAUCGUCAGCCCGAUGCGCAUGCAGGUCCUAGCCGACCGGCCCAACUCACCCGCCAUCUCCCGCUUUCCCUCCUUCAACGCACAUGUACACACCACACACACACCAGCACAGGACCUCCCCACGCCGCCACUGAGCACGUCUCAUUCCGGUCCCGCGAGCGAGGUACAAAGCGACACGGAAGAGGACCACGACCGGAGCAAUCGCGCAAGUAUCCGGGAGAGUGUGGUCUUCUCCGCUCAGGACGUAUACCCGCGCAGCAGUAGCGCGUCAUUCGUCUCCACGGCGAGCGCUACACCUCCACCGACCCGCUGGACGGGGCGGCCACUCGCGUUCCCCCCUCCAGGCCCGGCAAGCGGCGACUCACAGCCGCGGUCGCCGACACGCCGCCUUCGGAUCGGCUCGGUAGGCAGCCAGGGCGGGUUCAUCGGCUCUAGCCUGGGCUCGACGCUCGCGAGCUCGAGUCUUGGCGCAACCAUUCUACGCCGGCGCGAGUCGUCGCGCCACUGA